AUGGCGUCCCCAGCUCCGUCCACUGGGCUAGCACCAGAGCGCACCACCCCCGCCGCAGCUAUUCCUCUUCAAGCCAACAACGCCGCGGCCGGCACAAAGCGAAAGCGGCCUUCGGAAAAGAAGUUCUACGCCGUCAAGGAGGGCAAGAAACCCGGCAUCUACAACACAUGGGACGAGUGCCUCGAUCAAGUACGCGGUCACCGUGGUGCUCAGUUCAAGUCUUUUCACACCCUCGCUGAAGCGCAAGACUUCGUUGCCGGCAAGCCUCCCUCAAGAGGCACGGACCAAGACGAGCCAAAGUACUAUGCAGUCGGACGUGGCCUCGUUCCAGGCGUCUACCUAGACUGGCCGUCAGCACAAAAGCAGAUUCGUGGCGUUUCACAUCCGCGGCAUAAGAAGUUCAACAACCGCACAGAAGCCGAAGCGUUCGUGGCUGCUUUCAAGACGCAUAAUGGCGGCACAGCCUCUGCGGGCGGAUUGUCAUCCGAAGAGCAAAUCCGGCAGCUGAUCGUCAAGUCUGCACCUGGUUUGCAGCCUAAGGGCCCGUACAUCGCGCGCGACAAGAAUGGCGAUGCCUACGGCAUCGGCACAGGCCCCUUGCCGCUUGGGGCAGAAGAUGGGUUUGAUCCUAAUAUCCGUCUCGACGAGUCUGGCCGGUUGGUUCACAAGACAGACGAGGAGAAGGCGAAACAGAAGGAUAUCCCCCGAGAGAAGAACCCACCCGGUAUGCUGCGCAUCUACACAGAUGGCAGCAGUCUCCGCAACGGCACUGCGGGUGCCAGAGCUGGUGUGGGUGUCUUCUUCGGCCCCCAAGAUCCUAAGUACGAUGAGUCCUUCUCGAGCUCCCCUCCCUCCCCUCCGGCUUUGCAGACGCAGACCGUCUAUACCAUCGACUGGCAAGCGCGAGGCACCCCCAAAACCAAACCCAGAAGCAAUUCACACGACCGAAUCGACGACGAAGAGCGAGCACAUGGACAAGGAAAAGGACCCAAGCUAACUAAUUGGCGCUACAGAAACGUCUCCGAAGCUCUGAAAGGCACCAAGCAAACGAACCAGCGUGCUGAGUUGACAGCGAUCCAGCGUGCGCUGGAUAUUGCACCUAAGCAUAGAGAUGUUACGAUCUACACCGAUAGUAAGUACGCCAUUGAUUGCGUGACCAAUUGGUACCGCAACUGGGAGAGAAAUGGGUGGAGGAACAGCGGAGGGAAGCCGGUGGAGAAUGUGGACCUCGUCAAAGGAGUAAGGGCCGCGAUGGCGGAGAGGGAGCAGCUGGGACGGAAAACGCUGAUGGUCUGGGUGAAGGGCCACGCGAACACUCAGGGCAACGUUGAAGCUGAUCGACUGGCUGUUGCCGGAGCGAGAUUGGGACGGGGCUUGAGUGUGGACGGAGGCGGAGAAAAUGGUGAUGCAGACGGAAAUGGCCGGUGCUAUGGCGACGAGGACGAGGGCAUGUUGCCGAAAACCGAGACAGACACAGAAGCUGGGCUGGGAACUACAGCCAGGGGUCUCCCAGCGACAAAUGGCUUCGAGGAUUCGGAUGUUCAACAAGCGUUCGAUCUCAUGGCAGCGAGCAUGGUGGAUGGUGAGAAGACUGGCAUUGAUGAUUACCCUUGA